AUGGCCGUUGUGCUCACUUCCGAAGCGACCCGCUACUUCUCGUCUUCGAGCUCCCUCCACCGAUCGCACUCCCAGCCCAAGUUUGUCACGCAGCCGUCGUCGUAUCCCACCACUCUCUCGAGGUCGCGGAGCACGAUCGGAUUUGGCAAGAUCUCGUCUCCCUCCGAUUCCACCUUCUCCUCCAGCGAAUCCUCCCCGCGCACCCCACACGCCGACUCCACGGCUCCUUCCUUCUCCUCCACCCCCGCCAGCAGCUUGUCGCUCGAUACCCCCGGUGAGGACAAAGAUCAGGAAGACCAGAUCGUCUUUCCCUCGUACGACGAAGUAGGCUAUUUCGAGCAAGUCGAAGAUCUGGAACCUCCCACGAGCCCCCAGACCGGUGGUUCGUACACCGUCUCACCCAACAGCACCCCCACCACUGUCUCGCGGCCGGAGUCCCCCGAUCACAUCGAGCAUGCGGAGGAUGACACGGCCGUGCGGAAGCAGCCGUCCAGGCAUGUAGACUAUCUGUCGCAUAAUUGGAGGGAGGAGGAUAUCUGGUCGUCGUGGAAGCUUAUCGUGUCCAAGCGGAAAGCAUACAACAAUAGUGCGCGGUUGGAGAACGCCUCGUGGCGAACAUGGGCCAAGUCGAAGAAUAGGUUGAAGACCGUGUCUCCGGAGACCCUGAAUUGGCUCAAGGACUGCGAUGUGACCUGGCUCUACGGACCUCUCCAGACGGGUUCGGACAAGUCAUUACGGAUCCCUCCGGCUUCUCCAGUCAACGGGAGUCGGAUCUCCAAGUCAAACUCGUUCUUGAAUAAGAAGCCCAUCUUGAAGAAGCGCAGCGUAUCGGAGAUAAUGCUUCAAAGAUCAUUAUCCUCCUCCUCACUCUUGAAGCAGGCGGCUGCAGCUGUACAGGCACAGCAAUCAGAUGGGUAUGAGUAUCAUCCAGAUCUUGUGCGAACGGGCUUUAUCCCUACCUCCUACUCCUCGCGACCGUUGAGUCGGGAGCACCCUAGCCUUCUCUCUUCAAUAUCUUCGUCAGGCCUCCAAUCGCCUGGGACGGAGAGGAAGCGGAUUCACUUUAACGAGCAGGUUGAGCAGUGUAUAGCACUGGACAUGAAGGGGGACGAUGACGAAGAGCCCGAGUCACUGGGGAUGGACAACGAUGACGAUAGCGAUUCUGACGAUGGCGGCAUCAUGAUGAAGAGGUCCAACUCGAGUCGAAGAUUACCCCCUUUGCAAAGAUCAGCGACACCGCGACCGAACGGCAAUAAUGACAGCAAGACGAUUGCCAUGCUGCCAUCCACGACACUAAAGUACAUGGAGGACGCCGCUGAGCCUCAAGAGACGGCAGUGAAGCAUAGCAAUGAUGGGUUUUGGGGUGCUGUCAAAUUAUCACCCUCCCCUUCUCAGGAGACGCUUAGGCCCUCGAAACCAUCGAUGAGGGUCUUUGGAGAGGAGGAAGAGGAUGAUGCUGAUCUGGAUUGGCAGCCACCGAAUGCCUUCGGACAGCGCAAAAACAGUUCCCAGAACUUGCAUAGUUCGGCCUCAUCAUCAAGCCUCAAUGGAGAGCCCCCGGGCAUGCGGAGGACCCCAUCUGGAAUGCUGAUGCCGUACGAAGAAGACGAGGAUAGCGUGGCGUCAGAAGGACUCUUUGGCAAGGUUAUCGACACUGUGAACACCGCCAGGGAUAUCGCGCACGUUAUAUGGAAUGUGGGAUGGAGGAGGUAG